AUGAACUUUAUAACAAUCUUGCUUACCACAUGCAUGGUUACAAAGUUAGCUUUUUCUGCUAACCAGUCAACAGUAAGUAUUUUUCGCUACAGUUUCAUAACUUCCCUCUAGUUGUAUUGAGCAAUUUUCUUCGAUUCUCAUAAAGAGGGGUAUUAUCAACGCACUAUUUCGUAUGCGACUAGUUAUGAUACAUUUUCUUCGAUGAAACUUGUUACUUCGUAAUACUAUCUCAGUGUAGAGCAAGAAAUUUAUUUUCUAGCGCCUCCUAGGCUGCGUUUCACAAAACAUCCGAAUACACUUAUACUGGUUCGACGCAGUUUUUAUCAAAUAGCGGUGUGGAUUAGAGUCCACAAACUAACUACCCUGAAAGCAGAGGUUUCUCAUUUUCAUUGCUUUUAGCUUGACGAACUCGUUUGAGUCGCUAGUCACUCGCGUAUAGUUGGUUUGUUUUUCGUAAAGUCUAGGAAAACAUGUCAACAGGUAUAAAGAAAUGUGUAAAUCAGACCCAGAUAUUCAGAUAACAGAACGACGAUAUCUAUAAACGAAAAUAAAAGAAUAAACUUUUUAGCUUGACGAACUCGUUUGAGUCGCUAGUCACUCGCGUAUAGUUGGUUUGUUUUUCGUAAAGUCUAGGAAAACAUGUCAACAGGUAUAAAGAAAUGUGUAAAUCAGACCCAGAUAUUCAGAUAACAGAACGACGAUAUCUAUAAACGAAAAUAAAAGAAUAAACUUUUUAUAUCAUUAAUUUAUAGGCAACACGUCAAUGCCCGACUGUCAUCAACACUUCAACCAGUGGCGUGCCAGGGGUCCCUGGGGUCCCUGGCCUCAAUGGAAGAGAUGGGGCCAAGGGAGACCACGGACCUGUAGGGCCACCAGGAGAUAAGGGACCUGUAGGGCCACCGGGAGACAAGGGCCUUAAGGGUGACCAAGGACCAGCAGGACCAGCAGGGAAAAUGGGACCUAAAGGGGCCAAUGGUGAACAGGGUAACCAAGGCCUGCAGAGAAACUGGAAACAGUGCGCGUGGAAGAACAUCUAUGAGGGUAAAGACAGUGGAUUGAUAAAGGUAAACGGCAGCUGAAAAGGGCUGAGAACAAUACUAAGCAGGAAAAAAUGUCAUUUGUUGAAAUAACUGUCAUAGUCAGUCUAGACUGGAAGAUUUAAAACUUUCUGAAGUACUCUUUGACUCUUAUCGAUAGACUUUUUCUUUCUUUUUGAUUUUGACGAAUUUCGACUUCUUUAUUUCCUUUAAUUUUUAGGAUUGCGUUUUUACCAAAGCAGCCGGCAACACCGUCUUAAAAGUGGAGUACAAUGGUGACAUCAGAAUCGCUGGCUGUCUGGACUGCUGUUCGCGUUGGUUUUUCACCUUCAACGGUGUAGAGUGUCGCAAACCUUUCGCCAUUGAUGGUGUGAUGCAUAUUCAUGUAAAUCAUGGAAGAACAGACAGCAACAUUCACAAAGUUACUCAGAUUGGAGGAUACUGCGAAGGAAUCGCUAAGGGAACUGUUCGAGUGGGAAUUAAUGUCGGUAGCUGUGUGGGAAAGAAAGCUGCAGAUGCUUAUACUGGAUGGAACUCCGUGACCCGAAUCAUGAUCGAGGAAGUUCCUCCAUCGCAGUGAGAGGUCAAGGCAACACGCAGAGAAGGACAUUCACAGUCCUUUGCUUUAAGCUUUGCUUGACCAUUAUAGCGCACAACUAUAGUGCAUCAAGUAAUGGGGAUGUACACUCAGUAACUAAUAAAAACAUAACUUUUAAUCAAAUAGUAGUUGCGUGUUGACUCUCUGACAGCUCUAACAGUGCCAACUAUUAACUUCGUUUCCUUUCUUUCUCCCAACGAAAUAUAUAUGAUAAAUCUAUUCAUACCAAUCCAGCGAGUUUUUGUUAGAUUUUGGUGUCUCCAUUCAUCGGUCUAAGUUAGGGGACUGUUCGAAUUACAAGUGGUCCGAAAAAUAGGGUAACAGUGAUGAAACCCGCUUGGUUAAUCCACGAGUAUUAAAUUUUCUUAAAAUAUCAAAUGAAGUACUAUUUAGAAAUAAAAAUUAGGAAAAAGAGUUUAACACAACGUUUCGAUGUUGCCAUGAGAUCACUACCAAGAGACAAGAUAGAAAAAAAUUUCUUAAACUGGUUUAUAAGUUACCUUUCUUGUCGUAAACAAAGAGUGAUAAUCGAAGGAGUGCAUUCUGAUUGUCGUAAUAUCGAGGCUGGUGUCCAACAGGGAUCGGUCUUAGGUUCAUAAUUGUUUCUCAUUUACUUUAAUGACCUACCAGUCACAAUCUCUUCUCGCUGUUUUUUAUUUGCUGAUGAUUGUUUUUUGCUGGAAAAAGUUCAGUCUCCUAGUGAUUGCGCUUCUAAACUUAAUCAUGACUUGACGUCAAUACCUGAUUGGUCUUUUCCAGGCAUCUUCAAGCGUAACCUUUUAAAAUUCCUGCAUUUUCCAUCUCGCAGCUAUCUUUUUUGUAUUGGGGAUGGUUCAGCGUCAAUUUUUCACACUCGUUUGAGACUUAAUUUUAGUGCCUUACAUUAUCACCUUUUUCAGAAAAAUUGCUGUUCUUCCCCUGCCUGUGCUCUUUGCGAUGCAUCUAUUGAAGACAUGAAACGUUAUUUCCUAUACUGCCCAAGUUUUGCUGCUCUGCGUGAAAAGCUGUUUACCUCCGCUGCACAAUUGCUUGAAAAUAGAUGGCAUAAAAUGUGCCUCAGAUAAGAAAAAAUCUAUUGGCUGGUAAAUGAUAUUUCUACUGCUGAUUUAAUUUCUAAUCAACGUUAGGUUGUUUCAGCUUGUUCAGUCGUUUAUUUUGCUAUCAAAUCGCCCCUGUUAGUUGCCGUGCGUGUUUUCUAUAUUUAUUCAUUUUUUGCUUAGUUUUUUCUUUUCUUUUUUAUUCUUUCGCUUUUUCAUGCGUGUGUUUGUUCGAUCUUGACGUGUAUUUGUAUUUUUAAAUUGCUGUGAAUGUAAACAGCGUAAGCUCUCUAGAUGAGUCCUUAGGCUGUUAGAGCAAAUGUUGCAAUAAAUAUUGUUUAUAAAAAAAAUCUGAUUUAAAAAUAUAUUAAGUUUGAAGUGACAAAAUAAACUAGAGAACAAAAGUAACAUGUUUUCACGUGUUUAUGAGAAUUAAAUGUAAAUAUGUUCAAUACAAACAGUUUUCCCCUGAUGAAAUCUGUUCUCGUGAUAAGGCUUGGUUUCCUCUUUUAAUAAAAAGCAUAUCUGGAUAUCUAAUUUUCCAAACCAAGCUUACACACACAACCAGUUUCCAUCCGCGGAAAACUGUUUGUUUAACAUAAUUAUAUUUUUAUUUUCAUUUACGCGUGCAAACAUGUUACUUUUGUUCUCUACAAUAUUUUGUCGCUUCAAACUGUACAUAAGAUAUAGAUUUAGCCAGGGCUAAAUGCGAAGCUCUCGUUAAUAUACUUAUCGUUUAUUCAAACCAAAAAUAAAAUCGUGUAGUGCUAAACGUCGACGGCAAUGAGAACGGCAAAAAAAAACAACAAACAACAGCAACAAACAAAAACAAAAACCAGUCGGUGUAACUUGGCAAAAAAAAAAAAACAUCUUUGCAUUUGCAGCACUCUUUUUGGUACACUUCCUUGCCGUUGUUGCUGCAACGUGAAACUUCCGAGUUACACGUUUUAUGGAGAAAAUGUCGUAUGUGCACGCAAAAAAUUUUGUUGCUUGUGUUCCUGCUCGCUUUUUUUCACUGCCCCUCAUUUUUGCCUUACUGUCCGUUCGCAGUUCUUAUUUCAUUCCGGCGGUAUAUCAUGUUGUUCUUCCAAAGAAAUUCGUCUCCUUUGCUUUCUUUUAAAAUCUCUCUUCUAGCUCUCUGUCGGUCUUCAGUUCUCGUUGAGCUCCCCUAGCCUUCACCUACUUUCUUGUUUUCUCUUUCUUUCUCUCUCUCUACCUUCGCGGGGGGCCAUGCAAUUUCCCGCCAAAACGUCUCGAGUUGUAUUUGGGUUGCCAUACCUGUUGAUUGAGUUACAUGUAUCUUACACUGGAUGCCUCUGGUGUCGACGGACGGGCGUACGAUCACGUGACUACAAGUCACUACAAAAUUUCUAGGAUGUAUGGAUAACCAAAUUUUCUUACCCAUAGUGCUCCGCCAUUAAGUCAGUUUUUAGCUUUUUUCGAAACGUUGUGUUUUCUUUUCGUUAAAUUUUGUUCUUAAGUGUUUAAUAAAAUUCAUUUUGAAGCCCUAUUUCCUCGGGGAAACCACGGUAUUUUCCCCCCACUUCUGUAACAAACUCGUCCAUGCCCAGGCAGCCUCGGUUGCAUCGCCUUCCCAUGACACCUUACAAUCAAUAGUUGUUCCUGGGGACGUGACAGCCGAGACAUGGCGUUUAACGCUUGUGGCUUAAGAUGGGGUCCAAUCUCGUCCACAGACUUUACAGUCCUGUUAAGUAUUCCUGCUGACAUUGUUUCGCGUCUCUUUAUGGCUCUUGUUCGUGUAAAAUCGCCAAAGAGAAGCAGGCGAGUCUUUCGUCGUUGUCCUGCUUCGUUUCCGACUUGUACAAAUAUCCAGGUAACUUAAACUCCACGACACCAUCAACCAUGUUGUAUGUGCUGCGGCUUUCAACGUUUUAGUGGUCGAGGGGAAUAUAAUCCGGUACGUAACCUUCACAGCCUUUGCCUAUAGAUAUUAAAAUUCUCAAAUAAUACCCGGAGCAAACAAACUUCGUGCUAUAAUUCGAUGGAUCCGUUCUAGUCAUCUAGAAGUUGCUGUAUCUCACUCCUUCGGGAUCGAAUCUUCGGUUAAACCUCUUUUUUUAGUAGAAAAGCAGCCAAAAAAAUUCGAGGACUCAAUUCUCUUCAUUCAUUUGAAUUUCUAAAGUUCUCUAUGAUGUCAUUAAUAUGACUGUGCUCGAUUUCGCAUAGCUUUCGAGGGUACUAAAUUAAUGAUAAUAGAAAGAAUAAAAGGUAAGUUGGUGUAUGUCUUUAUUUCAUAAAUUCUCGUACGGAAGCUCUGUUUUUGUGGUUCUGAAGUAUGGUGGGUUUUGCUCUGUUUCAAGAUUUCGUUAUGCGUGAUGUACGUGGGAUGGCUUUCUUGUUCAGUUUUGUGUUUGAAUAAAUCAUCAAUCAACUGAUUUUAUUAACAUGUCUUUUACUAAAAUCAGAGAACCAAGAAAAAAUAGACUCUUCGGAAACCAUGAUUUUUCGAAAAGUUGGAAGCCUAAGAGAAUGAACAAUUGAAAAUACCAAUGAAAAACUGUUUCAUUUUAUUUCAUUAUCUAAUGCAGACUGAAUGUAAUUAUUUGCAUUGGGAAAAGAGCAGCAGUACCCUAUUAAUUCAACCAGAAUUUAAAUUAAAUUAAAGUAUACUUCAGUAAAUGAAAUUUGGCUUUUAAGGAAUAUUAACUCGAAAAUUAACGUAGAAAUGACUGAUUGUAACAAUUUGGAAUGAACAUACUGACUAUGAGUCCAAUUAAUUUUUUUUUACUGAAUUAUUAUCCAACAAAUCAAUUUGUCGAUGUGUGUACACGCAUACUGACGCACCAUAAGGUAGUCGAUUGUUUUCUUUUUACCCAAUCAGAAAAACGGAAGGUCACCAGUGAACUCGUUUUUACCCGUAGCAGAGAUAUAGACUUCCGCUUAAUCAACUAAUAUUCUGUGCGCCAUUAGUCAAAGACAUCAGUUGUAGCCUCAGCCUCAAGCCAGACAUCGUUGCAGUCCCCUAGAAGUAAAGGAUUGAAGAUUUCAAGAGCAGAACUGUUAGUCUUUUAAGAGAUGCUUCAAUGAUAAAGCUAACACAAGUAACACUGAAGCCGACGAUUGUAGCCUUUAUACUCUAUCGGUGUACAAUCAAAGUCAUUGUCUCCAAAACAAGAUGUGCUUGUCCCUGUUUCAGUUGAAACGUCCUCCCGGUGUGACGUAUAACGAAUCUCUCUCACGCCUUUCCCCGCGAUUUUAGGCUAAAGUAAUUAUAUUAAUUGGCUUCUCAGGGUACAAAAAAUUGAGCUGAUCUAUUAUUAUUUAUCUUUCCUUUUACAGAUUGCUUCAAGACUCAGAGAAAUUCAGUCAUACCGACCCAAAAUAGACAGAACCAUGAGCUCUGUAACAAUCUUGCUCACCAUGUGUAUGGUUACAAAGUUAGCUUUUUCUGCUAAACAGUCAACCGUAAGUAUUUUGCGCUACAGUUUUCAUGAUUUCCCUUAGUUGUACGCGCGAUUUUCAGCGAUUUUUAUCAAGCGGGAUAUUAUGAACGCACUGCGUAUGAUACAUUUUCUUCGAUGCAACUUCUCAGUGUAGUGCAAGAAAUUUAUUUUCUAGCGCUUCCUUGAGUAGGCUGCGUUUCACAAAAAAUCCGAAUACACUUGUACUGGUUCGACGCAGCUUUAAUCAAACAGCGGUGUGGCGUAGAGUCCACAAACUAUAAACUACCCUGAGAACAGAGAUUUCUAGCUUGCAUGGCUUUAAGCUUGACGAAGUCGUUUUCGUCGCUAGUUGGUUUGGUUUUCGCAAACAGUCUAGGAAAACAUGUCAACAGAUAUUAAGAAAUGUUUAAAUCAGACCCAGAUAUUCGGAUAACAGAACCACGAUAUCUAUAAACGAAAUAAAAGAAUGAACUUUUUAUAUAAUUAAUAGGUAACGCAUCAAUGCCCGACUGUCAUCAGCACUUCAACCAGUGGCGUACCAGGGGUCCCUGGGGUCCCUGGGCUCAAUGGAAGAGAUGGGGCCAAGGGAGACCAAGGACCUGUAGGGCCACCAGGAGAUAAGGGACCUGUAGGGCCACAGGGAGACAAGGGCCUUAGAGGAGACCAAGGAUCAGCAGGAUCACCAGGAAAAAUGGGACCUAAAGGGGCUAAGGGUGAACAGGGUAACCAAGGCCUGCAGAGAAACUGGAAACAGUGUGCCUGGAAGAAGGACGAGGGUAAAGACAGUGGAUUGAUUAAGGUAAAAUGGCUAAUUGAUAGUAAUUUAUGUGUUUUCUUUAUGUUUUUUACUCAUAGAAUUUACACUAAUUUCGUAAUUUUUAAUUAUCUUAUGGACUUUUGCCUUCUAUUUGCAUUGAUAUAUAAAGAAUAACUUUGUUGUCAGAAAUGAAAAAUAAGGAGAAUUGAAAAGAGCUAAAUAUAAGUUACUAUAGGCAAGCUCACUACAUUUAGGGAUCUGUUCCGAUAAAACCUCUGACAAUGACGUAGAAAACAUCUUUACUGGUCAAUUUUCCUUCUCUCAACUCAGUUCCUAUGAUGUCAAUCUCGUCGACGUUUUUUUUUAUUGGUGUACAAUGUACAAUGUGUUAUAUUUACCCAAUAUGUACCAUACUACAAAAGUGUUUUCAGGGUUAUCAAAAUAUCAAAACGUCACUUGUAUGGCUAAUUGGUAAUCCCUAUAUUUAUUUUCUGUACGAGAACGUUAGUGCAAUUAGGUGUAUGAAAAUUUAACAUUUUUAAUUUUUUUUUGGAGGAUUGCGUUUUUAAAAAAGUAGCCGAUAACACAGCCUUGAAAGUGGAGUACAAUGGUGACUUCAGAAUCGCCUACUGUCUCGAUUGUUGCUCGCGUUGGUUUUUCACCUUCAACGGUGUAGAGUGUCGCAAACCUUUCGCCAUUGAUGGUUUGAUGCAUAUUUAUAGAAAUCAUGGAAGAACAGACAGCAACAUUCACAAAGUUACUCAGAUUGGAGGAUACUGCGAAGGAAUCGCUAAGGGAACCGUCCGAGUGGGAAUUAAUGUCGGUAGCUGUGUGGGAAAGAAAGCUGCAGAUGCUUAUACUGGAUUCAACUCCGUGACCCGAAUCAUGAUCGAGGAAGUUCCUCCAUCUCAGUAA